AUGGAUGUGAGCGUUAAUAGUUGCAUUUCGAGCCCAGUGGAAGAUUCUCAACGACCCAUAUUGCACGUUGAGGCACGUGUAAAAUGUGCUGGUGAUGGCAUCAUCGUUCGCACUGAUUUGAUUAGGGAUGAGGUCACAGAAUGGCUUCUGAACAAUUUCAUCGUAUUAUCCAUUGGACAGAUGAUCUCUUCUUUCGAAGGUCUAAGCGAACCACAUGCUCAAGCCCUAGAGUUUAUACUUGUCACCGAAUGUAGCCGCGGCAAUCUGGAGUCCGGAGCAUAUCAGCUUCAGCAAGUCCAAUUGGACGUUCAAGUGUACCAACUCCGUACACGAUCAGAGCAACAAAGCUCGCAGAAGUCCCAUAUACUCGAGGAUUCAACAGUAGCUGGAGAUAAUGUCGCUAUCGCUACGGCAAGAGUACUGGCCUUACCGAGCAUAGAUCUGGAGGGACUAUGGGAGACUUUGGAUUACGAUCAACCAGUCCAGUCAACGCUUCUUUCGGCUAUAAGCAGGAUGGUGUCGUUUUCUGCUCGAAAACUCGAUAAGUGGACCAUCAAUUGGAACAGGUUGAUACUCAUAUGGGGACCACCAGGAAGUGGGAAGACGAGCCUUUGUCGCGGUCUUGCCCAGAAGCUUGCAAUACGCCUGGGAAAGGAUUAUCCCCAGAGCAAGCUAUUUGAGAUCAAUACAUAUUCUCUAGGAAGCAAGUAUUUCGGCGAGAGCAGCAAACUGGUGAAUGGGAUGUUUGAAAACAUCGAGACGCUUCUUCAGGAGGAAGAAGAUACAUUCAUUUGCGUGUUCAUGGAUGAAAUAGAGACCUUAGUUGCUCGGAGAGACCGGGCACUGAGUAGCAAUGAGCCCUUCGACGCUAUUCGAGCAGUCGAUGCGGUACUCACAGGGCUGGAUAAGCUGAAGGAGCAUUCGAAUGUUAUCAUUGUCUGCACCAGUAAUUUAAUUACGGCGCUGGACCAAGCCUUCCUUGAUCGAGUAGAUAUCAAACAAUACAUACCGCAACUAUCCAGCAGACCUACAUAUAAUAUCUACAAGGACUGCCUAGAGGAAUUGAGCCAAAACGGAAUCAUUGAGGGUGUCUCAUUCGACGUGGUCCAAGUUACUCCGGACGAUCCCCAGACGGCUUUGCAGUAUGUGGAGCAGGCUGCGGAACACCUCAUCCUCCCGACUUUUGACGAAGUGCUGCUGCACUAUGGAUCGUUCCCCGACGCUAUACCCACGCUACUUGCUAAUGCUGUUUUUGAAAGCGAGGGGCUUAGCGGUCGCACGGUUCGAAGACUGCCCGCUCUAUCGUUAGUUCUAUAUAGUAACGGUACUCGAUGCGAUAUUCGGACAGCAAUUGAGGCGCUGCGCAUGGGAAUAGCGUCGGAAUGGCAGGCUAAGACGGAGGCGAUGAUGACUAUGGCGGGAGAGCACAUCUCGGGAACAACACAAGCCAAUGGCCAAUGA